AUGGCUGAAUCCACCAAACAUGCUCCUAACUCAGACAUUAAAACCACAAAAACCAUAGCUUAUGCUUUUAUGCUUGUUUUUUUUUCUAUCACUCUUUUCUUAGCCUUUUCUCCUUCUCCAAAUCCUUCUUCUCCUUGGUUCACCAACUUUUUCACCACCAAAACUUCCUCUUCUUCCAUUUUCUCAUUCUUUUUCCACAACACAACAACCACUUCUUCAUUACCAUCUUCCCCUUUUAGCAACACUUUUUCUAGAUCUACCAAUAACAAUUUUCAUUCUUCUAACUCAAGUACAAAAACAUUCAAACUAACCCCUUAUGGAAACAAAACUCAAGCUUCUGUUCCAACCACAAAUAAAACUUCUUCUCAUGUUUCUGAUGAAGCUAAACCUCAGAAGAAAACCAAUCAAACUGCGAAUAUGAAACAGGAGAUUCAUAUAAUGAUGGAGUCUUUGAAGAAGUGUGAUUUUUUUGAUGGCAAAUGGGUUAAGGAUGAUCAAUCUUACCCUCUAUAUCAACCUGGUUCUUGCAGUUUGAUUGAUGAACAGUUUAAUUGUAUCAACAAUGGAAGACCUGAUCAUGAUUUCCAGAAAUUGAAGUGGAAACCUAAAGGAUGUAGCCUCCCAAGGCUGGAUGGACAGAGAAUGUUGAAUUUGUUGAGAGGCAAGAGACUUGUUUUUGUUGGUGAUUCCAUCAAUAGAAACAUGUGGGAAUCACUUAUUUGCAUUCUCAGAAACUCUGUGAAAGACAAAGGUAAAGUUUUUGAAGCAAAUGGAAGAGUCCAUUUUAAAGGAGAAACCUCUUAUUCAUUCAUAUUCAAAGAUUACAACUUCUCAGUCGAGCUUUUCGUAUCGCCGUUCUUAGUUCAAGAGUGGGAGUUUCUCGUAAAAAACGGAACAAAGAAGGAAACUCUUCGGCUCGAUUUGGUUGGUAAAUCAUCUGAUCAAUAUAAAGAUGCUGAUAUAAUCAUCUUCAACACUGGCCAUUGGUGGACUCAUGAUAAAACUUCUAAAGGGAAAGACUAUUACCAAGAAGGUAGUCAUGUGUACAAUGAAUUGAAUGUUUUGGAGGCAUUUCGAAAGGCAAUAACAACCUGGAGCAGAUGGGUUGAUGCCAACAUAAAUGCAUCUAAGUCUAUGGUCUUGUUUAGAGGCUAUUCUUCUUCGCAUUUUAGCGGUGGGCAAUGGAAUUCAGGUGGACAAUGCGACAGUGAAAUCGUGCCGAUCAAAAACAAAAAGUACUUGAGGCAAUACCCUCCUAAGAUGAGAGUUUUGGAAAAAGUACUAAAGAAUAUGAAGACUUGCGUCACGUAUUUAAACGUCACGAAAAUGACAGAUUUUCGAAAGGAUGGUCAUCCUUCUAUAUAUAGAAAGCAUAACCUAUCAUCAGACGAAAGGAAAUCGCCGUUGAUGUAUCAAGACUGUAGCCAUUGGUGUCUGCCCGGUGUCCCUGAUACAUGGAAUGAGAUUCUCUACGCCGAGCUUCUAAUGAAACAGUAUCAAAAUCAGAAUCAACAUUAA